AUGGCCAAGACCCAAAAGAACAAAGCCACUUCUUUCCAUUUGGGUCAAUUAAAGGCUAAAUUAGCCAAAUUAAGAAGAGAACUGUUAACCAGUGCGUCUGCAGGUUCCGGAGGUGGUGCUGGGGUUGGUUUUGAUGUUGCAAGAACAGGUGUCGCCAGUGUUGGGUUCGUGGGGUUCCCGUCAGUCGGUAAAUCGACUUUAUUAUCUAAAUUGACUGGGACAGAAUCUGAAGUGGCAGAAUAUGAAUUUACCACUUUAGUAACAGUGCCUGGUGUUAUUCGUUACAAGGGUGCAAAGAUUCAAAUGUUAGAUUUACCUGGUAUUAUCGAUGGUGCCAAGGAUGGACGUGGCCGUGGUAAACAAGUAAUUGCUGUUGCAAGAACAUGUAAUCUGUUAUUUAUUGUCUUAGAUGUGAACAAACCAUUACAGCAUAAACAAAUUAUUGAGAAAGAAUUGGAAGGUGUUGGUAUCCGUUUAAACAAGACACCUCCAGAUAUUUUAAUUAAAAAGAAAGAGAAAGGUGGUAUCUCCAUUACCAAUACUGUUCCAUUAACUCAUUUGGGAGCUGAUGAAAUUAGAGCUGUCAUGAGUGAAUAUAGAAUAAAUAGUGCAGAGUUGGCAUUUAGAUGUGACGCUACCGUCGAUGACUUAAUUGAUGUUUUAGAGGCUCCAAGUAGAAGAUAUAUGCCAGCAAUUUACGUCUUAAACAAGAUUGAUUCUUUAUCAUUGGAAGAAUUAGAAUUACUAUAUAGAAUCCCAAAUGCAGUUCCUAUAUCUUCUGGGAAAGAAUGGAAUUUGGAUGAACUAUUGCAAGUUAUGUGGGAUCGAUUAAAUCUAGUCCGUAUUUACACAAAGCCAAAAGGUAGAAUUCCAGAUUUUACAGAUCCGGUUGUCUUAAGAUCUGAUCGUUGCUCAGUCAGAGAUUUUUGUAAUCAAAUUCAUAAAUCUUUGGUCGAUGAUUUCAGAAAUGCAUUGGUUUAUGGUAGUAGUGUUAAGCAUCAACCGCAGUACGUUGGGUUGAGUCAUAUUUUAGAAGAUGAAGAUGUAGUUACUAUUUUAAAGAAAUAG